AGGUCAUGUUAUAAAUUAGGCGAUCUCCGGGCAGCCCGGCUCCUGGCGCAGGGUCCUUGGGCUGAGACUUAAAGCGGCGGCAGGGAAAGCAGGGUCCUUCUCUGGGGCAGUCGCGCAGGUAGCGGCUGCGGGAAGCCGGACACCGGGCGUCAUGUAUUACAAGUUUAGUGGCUUCACGCAGAAGUUGACUGGAACAUGGGCUUCCGACGCCUAUAGCCCGCAGGGAUUAAGGCCUGUGGUUUCCACAGAAGCACCGCCUAUCAUAUUUGCCACACCAACCAAACUGAGUUCUGAUUUUGCGGUAUAUGAUUAUGCUGGGAAAAACAAAGUUCCUGAGCUGCAGAAGUUUUUCCAGGUGAGAGAAGACACUAGAACAGACACUAGAGAAUAAGUUAUUUUGGCAGUG